AUGCCAACACAAGCUUAUCUCCUCUUUGAUGAGCGUAUGGCUCUUCAUAGACCCAUACCUGAUCCUGAAGACCCUGACUAUUACCCGUUUGAAAACCCUGACCGCAUUUUCAAGGUCUAUGGUCGGUUGCUCGAUCUUGAAAGGCGCCUUGCCCGCGAUGUCUCGGAUGACGUGCUUCAGAACGAGUUGGUCCCCCGCUUUGUGGAAUUUCCUUGCAAACCAGUGGAGAGAGAGACUGUGGAGCUAGUGCAUUCUCGGGAGCACUAUGAUUGGCUUUUCCAUACCGCCUUUAUGUCUGACGGCAGAUUGCGGCAGCUGACCGACCCAGACGACCUGUACAUUUGCCAGUCCACCUUUCUGGCAUCCUCACUUGCCUGCGGUGGUGUCGUGGAAUGCGUCAACAAAGUCACCAGCGAGGAUACAACCUUGGACAACAACAGCAGUGAAAGGAAAAUCACUCGAGCCAUUGCGCUUGUGCGACCUCCUGGUCACCAUGCCGAGGAAAACGAGGCGAUGGGUUUCUGCUUUUUCAACAACAUUGCGGUGGCUGCCAAGCACGCUAUUAGCACGGGGAGAGCUAAGAGGGUCUUUAUUCUAGACUGGGACAUUCAUCACGGCAAUGGCAUUCAGAAUCUGACCUACGAUGACCCCAACAUUUUCUAUCUUUCCAUUCACCGCACCUCUUUCAUGGCGGAUGGCGGCCCCAACAAAAAGUACAAGGAAGAAUGGUUCUAUCCAGGCACUGGCCGGCCUACUGAAGUGGGUGAAGGGUCUGGCACUGGUGCCAAUCUGAACCUGGUAUGGACUCGAAGCGGAAUGGGCAACGAAGAGUACGCAACCGCCUUUGGCGAGCUGGUGUUGCCAGUCUUGUCCUCCUUCCAGCCCGAUCUGAUUCUGGUCGCCUGUGGCCUGGACGCUGCCAAAGGCGACUUGCUGGGAGAUUGUGGAUUGAGCCCCGACAUGUACUACAUAAUGACCAAGAGUCUCUUGGACCAAGCUGGAGCGGAUAUCCCCCUGGUGGCGGUCUUGGAAGGCGGUUACAAUAUCAAUGUCAGCGCGGAAUGCAUGGAAAAUGUGGCCUUGGCGAUUUUGGAUGAGCCAUGCCACAAUGGCAAGUACUACGACCUUUCUCGAUACUGGAAAACGACAGGAACCUUGUCGUCCUCUGCAGGAGGCAAUGACAGUGAUGCGAGCCACGGUUCUUUGUCCGCCAGGAAGCAGAGGAGGAAGAAACGUCAAUCCAAAGCGAGCAAGAGAAAGACCGAGACAGCGACCAACUGCAUUCGAGAGUCUGCUCUAGCCUUGGAAGAGGCAGAGAGAGCCAACGCGGACAAACUCUAUCCCAUUGUCCCUGGGACUCCGUCCUAUCAUUGCGUCCACGGUACGGGCCCCAUGAAGAAGAGAAAGCAGGAAGAUGACCUGCCCUUUGAAUACCUUGUCAUCUAG